AGGCCCCCUUUUCCUGCACGAGCAGCUCCUCGCGCUGGGCGGAAGUGUCGGCGGGCUGCGCGCGCGGCGGUGCUCGAUUCGCUUCGGCUGCUGGACACGGACGCUCAAAAUGCCGGCUUACCACUCGAACCUGAUGGAGGCCGACACCAAGCUGGUGGGCAACAUGGCCCUGCUGCCGCUGAGGACUCAGUACAAGGGCCCCGCUCCCAAAGAGACCAGAGAUUCUGACAUCAUCGAGGAGGCCAUCUACCAUUUCAAAGCCAACGUGUUCUUCAAGAACUAUGAAAUCAAGAAUGAAGCGGACAGAACGUUGAUCUACGUGACCCUGUACAUCUCCGAGUGCCUGAAAAAACUUCAGAAGUGCACCUCCAAGAGCCAAGGCGAGAAGGAGAUGUACACCCUGGGAAUUACCAACUUCCCCAUCCCGGGAGAGCCGGGCUUCCCGCUCAACGCCAUGUACACCAAACCCUCCAACAAGGGGGAGGAGGAAACUAUGAGGGGGUACCUGCAACAGCUGCGGCAGGAGACGGGCCUGAGGCUGUGCGAACGCGUCUUUGAUGCCCAGACUGACAAACCAAGCAAGUGGUGGCUUUGUUUUGUGAAGAAACAGUUUAUGAACAAGAGCCUGUCUGCACCAGGACAGUAGACAUCAACGUGGACAUUUUUACCACGAUCUGCUUUUAUUUGCCAGCUGGUUGCAUCUGGCCAGUUUGGAUGGUGUUCAUACAUUCCUGGAUGCAAGAUGCCAUAAAUGCUGGAUUUUGCUUAAUCAUGUUAAGCUGGUGCUUAACAGAAGUUAGCCAGUAUAUUCACCUGCUUUGAGUGUUACGUGAACAUGAGCGAUAUCUUUCUAAAACAAUGGUGUUUUUGGAAACCUUUUCAACUAUCCCCAAAAAGCCCCAUAAAGUACCUUGCUUGAGUCCUUUGUGUCUUUUUAAGAUGCGAGUUUCUUUUAAUAAAGAACUUUUAUAUGCUGUUUCUA